CUGUGGGUGCCCGCGCUGGGCCUGGCGGGGGCCGCCGCGCCCGAGGGCGCCGCGCCCUGCGAGGGCGACGAGCACUGCGAGAGCCCGGUGCUGCUGCUGCAGUCCAAGCACCAGCUCGGCGUGCAGGGCCUGAAAACGGCCAAGGCGGGCGGCCCGCGUCCGGAGGAGGCCCAGCCGCAGCAGCCCUUGGAGGAGCCGGCCCGGCGGUGGCGGGAGCACAGCCAGAUCCAGCAGGAGCAGCGCUUGCGGCAGCGGCCAGGCAAGCGCGCGGUCUCGGCGCCCCGUCCCUGGAACAAGGUGUCGCCAGAGGGCACGCACCGCCCAGGGAGGCGGGCCUCGUGGAACGAGGCGCCCAGGGAGGCGGGCCUUGUCUGCGGCAUGGCAGAGCGGCUCGCCCAUCCAUAUUUUUGUUCAUCCUUGUGC